GUUGUGCCUUCUUGUCCAGGAUGCCUAUGGUAUGUUCAGUGAAGUGCAGUUGCAGUCCCUGAAUUCUGCGGAUGACAUUAAGCAGUAUUGCAGGAGAUGGGAAGGAAAAUUCUGCUGCUUAGCUGGAAUGAAAAUUUUGCAAAGAACGACAAGAGGAAGGGCAUUAGGACUUUUUAGUCUGAUAGACAGUCUGUGGCCUCCGGUAGUGCCUGUAAAAGUUCCUGGACAAAGUCAAGACUCUGAAAUGAUGACAACUAAUCUUGCUCCUCCCAGCUUCUGUUAUAUUCUUACUGUUCAGUCUGGUGAAAUACAUGUGGAAGUGGAUGAAGAGGAACAGACUUCUAAUUUGUACCAGCCACCAGCUGUUCAUGGUCUAAAGGAAAUUCUUCGGACAAAGCAAAGUGUUCCUCUAAAUCAAAGAGAGAUUUGUUUGUUUGUGACUGACUCCACAUUGCAAAAUGUUCAUACGAUUCCAAAAGUUGUUGCUGUGUCAGUCGCUGCCUCGUGUGUUCUCAGUACAGAAAUCACAGAAGCCCUCAGUGUUACCUCACAGCUUGUCUUCUUCAAGGAUGCACUGUGGGGAAAUGGUAGGAUUAUUUGUGUUGAACGUACUGUUCUCUUAUUACAAAAGCCUCUUUUGUACUCGGCUGCCGGUGCUGACCUCAGUGAGCUGACUGGCCCUGUCAGACUCGAUGAGCUGGAUUCUACAACACAGGCCAACUCGAUUUGUGCUGUAAGAGGUACUGUUGUUGGAGUUAAUGAGAGCACUGCUUUCUCCUGGCCUACCUGCGACAGAUGUGGCAAUGGAAAGUUGGAACUGUGUCCCCAGGACAGAGGAUCACUGUAUUGCAACCAGUGUUCUCAAGUUGUCAUUUCACCAGUUUUGAAAAUGCAGCUCGAAGUCUUCUUGAGUUGUUCAUCCCGAUCUCAAAGUACAAUAAAAGUGAAGCUGUUACAAAGGACAAUCUCUUCCCUCCUGAUGUCCUCCGCUAGUGAGGAUGGGAGUUAUGAGGUGCAGAGCGUGCUGGGAAAGGAGGUGGGGUUAUUGAACUGCUACGUCCGCUCCAUAACCAGCCACCCCAACUGCGUUGCACUGGAGGAAAUUGCUCUUCUGGAAGCAGCAGCGAGACACUGA